GGUCCCAUCCAGUCCUACGAUUCUAGCCCUCGGAAAGCUCUGUGAGCGGCUUCCAGUUCAUUCAUUCAUUCAGUCCAGCCAUUUUUUAACCUUCCGUUGCUUCCUGAAGGAUGAAAAUUCCCAUCCUCGUCUCUAAUAGGAUUUUCACACAAGUGACAGCCCAGCCCCACUGGGGCUCUGUCUGGAUUUGCCACAAUGGUGUCGGUUACAAUGGCAACCUCGGAAUGGAUUCAGUUUUUUAAGGAAGCUGGGAUUCCGCCAGGCCCUGCUGUCAACUAUGCGGUUAUGUUUGUGGAUAACAGAAUCCAGAAGAACAUGCUGCUGGACCUGAGCAAGGAGAUCAUGAACGAGCUGGGCAUCACGGUGGUGGGAGACAUCAUCGCUAUCCUCAAGCAUGCCAAAGUCGUUUACAGACAGGAGAUGUGCAAGGCCGCUACGGAGUCGAUGUCCUUCCGACGAAAUGCCAGCAGCGCUGCCACCCGUAUGAUUGCGAACAGCUUAAGCCGAGAUUCACCACCUGCCACGCCUGUCCGAAGACCCGACACCGGUACAUCCAAAAUCUCCGUUACGGUGUCCAACAAAACGGCUGUGAAGAACGCAAAAGCAGCUCUGUGCGACGCGGCGGCCGAGAGCGUGGAGGUCCCGGCGAAGCGGCGGCGAGUCACGGCCGAGAUGGAAGGGAAGUACAUCAUCAACAUGCCAAAAGGUACCACGCCGAGGACUAAGAAAAUCCUGGAACAGCAGGCGGCCAAAGGUACCACUGGCGGGUUUGUAGCCCCCGGGCAGCAUGUGUCUGUGUGCACGACCACCGGAAAUAAGCCUACAGGGGUCUUCAGCCGCCUGGGGGAUGCUCUGGAGGCCGACGAGGACAAAGGCACCGAGAGCGACGACUCCUCCUCCGUCCUGCAGUACGCCGGGGUCCUGAAGAAGCUCUCCAAGCCGUCCCACAAGGAAAGCGCCAAGCCAGGAGUAACCGUCAAAGCCAAGGCCACCAGCUCGGAGGCAAAGCCAGCUGUGACGACCAUUCGGCGGCUGGGCAACAAGAGCGCCGCCCUGGCGGCGAAGGAGAAGCAGGUCAGCGUGGCACAGAGACUGGGCAAGCCCCCCCCGCCCCCCGGGGCCCAGGACAGCAGCGUCACCAGCACCAAGAGCAAAGCGGAGCCGAAGUUCAGGGUCACAAUAAAGCGGACUUUGGGUAGCGCCAAGGUAAGCAGCACCAGUGAGAUCCAUAGCGCGCAGAUGGACAAUACAGGCACGGUGAGUGUCUUUAAGAGACUGGGCAAGAAGGCACACUGAGCCCGGAGAAGUGCCUGGAAGGCUUGGUUCUGUAGCUGCUAGUGGCCGGCCCCCGGGCCAGCGUUGCCACCACGCUCUUUCCCCGCACGGAACCCUGCGUGGGGGUACCCAGAGACCCAUCUCCUUCAGACCCAGCGUGACCGCAGUGGAGUGUGUGUGGCCUCUGCUCCUGGCUCCUCCCUUACGAAUAAACGCAAAGGGCGCAAGCCGUGGUGUGAAA